CUAUAUAAAGGUAGUUUGGAGCGCAGAUGUCAGUUCGAGGUCAAAGCCAAUACCUGCAGAAUGUGCAAGCUUCAAGUGAUUCAGGCCUGCCUGCUGUGUCUGCUCCGUGGGUCCGUGGCCCUGCCCCUUAACUGCGCCGAUGAGUCCAGCUCUCCUGUCCCCUGCACCUCCAUCUCCCAGGACAAGCUGCUGGACCGCGUUACCCAGCAUGCCGAGUUCAUUUACCGCAUCACUGAGGAAGUCUGCAAUCAGUAUGAGGAGCUGUAUAUUCCUUAUCCACUGAGGGGCUUGAAGAACCAGGGGGGUGGCACGUGUACGUCGAUGUCCUUCCCCAACCUGGGAUCCAAGACCGAGAUCCAGCAGAUAUCGGACAUGAGGCUUCUCCACUACAUGUUAAUUCUGGCACAGUCCUGGGUGGAGCCCCUGACUUACCUGCAGUCCUCCCUGAAGAAUAACGACCACGCGCCAGACACUCUGGUCAGCCAGCUCAAGUGGGUGUCUGAUAAACUGACCAGACUGGAGCAGGGAGUGGUGCUUCUGAUCAGUAUGAUGCAGGAGGAGGGCGGCGCGGCUCCGCCGCCGGCCGCACUGCAGCAGGCGCUGUCCGAGCCUCAGCUAGGGGUCCCCGACUCCAUCUUCCACGAAUACAACUCGCUCAUGUGCCUCAAGAAGGACGCCCACAAGAUGGAGACCUUACUGAAGCUGCUCAAGUGCAGGCAGACGGACCGGCUCAGCUGCACUCUCUAGGGAAACACACCUCCGACGUGGCUGACGUGGUCUGGUGUCGAAGAAUCCUGCCAGCAAACGCAGUGCACUGUAUUCUCUCUCUGUUGUUUCACAUUUUUUCCUCACAGUCAGUACUGCUGUUAGUAAUGUGACAUAUAUAUAUAUAUAUAUAUAUAUAUAUAUAUAUAUAUAUAUAUAGUUAUUAUUCUCUGUAUUUUCUGUAUGUUCCUUAACUGAAAGCACAAGUAAAAUCACAAAUUUACUCCUUAAGGAGAAUCUGAAGACUCACAGUGUAAAUGGGACUGAGAGAGAGAGAGAGAGAGGACAGAGGACAGCAUCCCACUGGUCAGCAGUGCGCUCUGCUCCACCGCUCUGUCUGCAUGCCUCACCAUUCAUUCCACUUCCUCUUUGUUCUUAACUGAAGUUUGUAGUUCUCCUUGGUUCCCUCACUGUAGAUCAUUAUUGAACUGGGCCCUCUAGUACGGUCACACAUUUCCUUUUUAUUUCGUGUGUGUGUGUGUGUGUGUGUGUGUGUGUCUGUCUGUGUGUUCGUAAAACAGAGCUAGCUUCACCUCCGCAUAAGCUUUAUCAGCGAGACCAAGGGAGAACGAAGCAGUUGAAUGUGGAUAGAGGAGUGUGUGUGGGUGUGGGUGGGUGUGGGUGUGGGUGUUGGUGUGUUUGUGCACACUGAAGGCUUAGGAAAAGUUGCAUAACAGCCAAAACAUGACAUAACAGUAAUGUGUAUUUGGACAGUGGUGUGGUACUGAAUGCUUGAUUCUAAAAGGUCUUUUUAUUAUCUGCCAUACUAAUCUCAAUAAAUCAAAUUUCAGAAAUCUCA